GCGCUCGCCGCGGCCUGCCUCGGCCUGCACUACCACAGCUUCACCGACAAGCAGACGUCGUUGAUGCUGGCCUCGGCCACCUUCGGCGGCUACCUCAUCAUCACCGCCGGCGUGUUCGCCGGCCACCUCGCCGGCACCCCCGUCAACAGGCGCAUCGACAUCUACUUCUGCCUGCUGGGCUGCGCGCUCUUCAUCGCGUCCGGCUCCCUGGCUGUGGAGUUCUUCCAGAACCUGGGCAAGAGCUCGGUCAGGGACUACGGUCUGGCCAAGGCCGCCCUCGCCAUCGUCAACGGCAUCAUCUUCCUGGUGGACGCCGUGUUCGUGUACCGCGGGGAGUAAGGCGGACCCCAAGCUCGCCAGCAGCCCCGUUCAGUGUCGUUCUCUUUCGGCCCGGCCGAUCUGAUUUCACAUAACAGCCACUCUCACUUUCAUUCCUGUCCAUCAACUGAAAACCAGUCCUCCACCAGCGAGGAAAGGCAGUGCAAACUGCAGGACCGGCUGCGUUCAACUGGGAGCACGCCCGCUUUCUCUGCGACAGCCGUCUGCAGAAACAGGAGGCAGACAUACCCCAUGCGUCGGGGAUCCCACGAGCGGAGAUACCCCCCGUGCGGCUAUACCCGCUGGCUCUGAUGGCUGGUUCGUGGCUCGGGGUAUCGUCUGUGAGUGGUGGACCAAUGAGUAUUGGCUCUGGCUCCUGGGUUCAAACAUUUCCUCAACGUUUUGUAAUUGUACCAAAAGUGCUUCAUAUGUGUGAUGUCAGUUUCACCUCCACAAUAGUUUUUCAUUGUAGACGUUCACAUCAAAAGUUUGCACAUACAUGAAAAACAUAUUCUGCUAUGGCAUGAACUAUUUUCAACGUUGUUUUAAAUUUACAUUAUGAAAUUAAUCUCUGUGCUUCAAUGAAUUUUGCCAGCUUUUGUGAUUUCUGUUUGAAUUAAUUUUUAAAGAGCUCUACGUCACAAAACGGUUACUUUUUAAGAUUUUAGCUAUAGUGAGUCUCGCACCCGGGUAAAUACAAAAGAUUCAAUGGGCCAUGAUGAUGUGCCUGUAAAACAUUAUUUAUGACUUAUUUUUUACUUUUUUAGCUUUACACUUUAAUUUAUGAACCAAAGUAAAAUUUUGAAGCUGUACGUAAAUGAAAUGAAAAAGAAUUUUUAUUACUUAUUUUGUUACAUUAUGAAAUAUUGUUUACCAUGAAAUUUUUAAGCAUAACUUUGAAUGAUUUUUCUAUUGUCUGAAUAUUUAACACUGUCUUUGUCUUGUAGAAAUUAAAAAUCAACUUUAUACAAUAAAGUUACUAUGUACAUGCUAAACUUAAAACAA